UUUUGGGUUGAAGUUGAGGCUGAGGGGAGAGAAGAGCUAGCGACGAGCAGUCGCCGCCGCCGCGGGCUCUGCGGGAGGCGGAGGAGGCCCCGCCGGAGCCGAGAGAUUUCUCCUCCCCGCCGACGGCCCCCGGCCGCAGCUCCUCCGCCUCCUCCCGCUCCCGGAACUCCGGGGCCUGCCCCGGGCCCCCAGUCUUUGCACUCCGCACGCCGCAGCGCCGGGCCCCGGCCGCACCCGCCGGCCCCAUGAGGAGGGACGUGAACGGAGUGACCAAGAGCAGGUUUGAGGAAACUGGGGAUUUUUUUCUCCAAGAAAAUGGAAGCUGAGGGUUCUGGAUCCAGGAACAUCAGAUGCAUGAAGAGGAUAGGGGUUUGGAGCCAAGGAAUUAAAUGAAAAUCUGCAUACAGACUGAUGUUCUCAAAUAGUGAUGAAGCUGUAAUCAAUAAAAAACUUCCCAAAGAACUCCUAUUACGGAUAUUUUCUUUUCUGGAUGUUGUUACUUUGUGUCGCUGUGCUCAGGUCUCCAGGGCCUGGAAUGUUCUGGCUCUGGAUGGCAGUAACUGGCAGCGAAUCGACCUGUUUGACUUCCAGAGGGAUAUUGAGGGCCGGGUAGUGGAGAAUAUUUCAAAAAGAUGUGGGGGCUUUUUACGAAAGUUAAGUCUUCGUGGGUGUCUUGGAGUAGGAGACAAUGCAUUAAGGACUUUUGCACAAAAUUGUAGGAACAUUGAAGUACUGAAUCUAAAUGGUUGUACAAAGACUACAGAUGCUACAUGUACUAGCCUUAGCAAGUUCUGUUCCAAACUCAGGCACCUUGACUUGGCUUCCUGUACAUCAAUAACAAACAUGUCUCUUAAAGCUCUGAGUGAGGGAUGUCCACUGUUGGAGCAAUUAAACAUUUCCUGGUGUGACCAAGUAACCAAGGAUGGCAUCCAAGCACUAGUGAGAGGCUGUGGGGGUCUGAAGGCUUUAUUCUUAAAAGGCUGCACACAGCUAGAAGAUGAAGCUCUCAAGUACAUAGGUGCACACUGUCCUGAACUGGUGACUUUGAACUUGCAGACUUGCUUACAAAUCACAGAUGAAGGUCUCAUUACUAUAUGCAGAGGGUGCCAUAAGUUACAGUCCCUCUGUGCCUCCGGCUGCUCCAACAUCACAGAUGCCAUCCUGAAUGCUCUAGGUCAGAACUGUCCACGGCUUAGAAUAUUAGAAGUGGCAAGGUGUUCUCAGUUAACAGAUGUAGGCUUUACCACUCUGGCCAGGAAUUGCCAUGAGCUUGAAAAGAUGGACCUGGAAGAGUGUGUUCAGAUAACAGAUAGCACAUUAAUCCAACUUUCUAUACACUGUCCUCGACUUCAAGUAUUGAGUCUGUCUCACUGUGAGCUGAUCACAGACGAUGGAAUUCGUCACCUGGGGAAUGGGGCCUGCGCCCAUGACCAGCUGGAGGUGAUUGAACUGGACAACUGCCCGCUAAUCACAGAUGCUUCCCUGGAGCACUUGAAGAGUUGUCACAGCCUUGAGCGGAUAGAACUCUAUGACUGCCAGCAAAUCACACGGGCUGGGAUCAAGAGACUCAGGACCCAUUUGCCCAAUAUUAAAGUCCACGCCUACUUCGCACCUGUCACUCCACCCCCAUCAGUAGGGGGCAGCAGACAGCGAUUCUGCAGAUGCUGCAUCAUCCUAUGACAAUGGAGGUGGUCAACCUUGGUGAACUGAGUAUUUAAUGACACUUCUAGAGUUACAAUGGAGUCUCCAGUGGAAGCAACCCCAGUGUUCUGGGCAAGGGUUAUCAAGUGAGGGCAGCGUCCAGAUCCCCAGAGCCACACAUAACAUGCAUACCCACCCUCACCUCCACCCAUUCAAGUUCUGUGACCAGGGGACUGAAGCCCAUGCUGGCUUUAUCACGUGGUUUGGUAAAACUUAACCAUUCCCAGUGGACAUGCCAAGAAGAAAAUAGUAGGCAAGGUGGAGGGAAGGGGGCAUUCCAGCAAACCCAGCGUUACUGCUCCUGCAGUUUCUUCAUUUUGUGAAGGGGGUUUCUCUGGUGGUUUUGGAACAGCAGCUGCAGUCCUCCAGGGUCAAGGAAAGCAUAGGAAAACAAUAUCUGUUGUAUCCAGGGACCAGAAAGAAAAUUUCUUUGCAUCCUCUAAAUGGUAGCUGUCCAUCAGGAGAUGACUACAGAGCUUCUGUGCUUCUUUGUCCCUAAGCCAACAUGCUGAGCAUGCUCACCAAGAAGGCUCAUCCAUUCCUCCUCCUAUGUUCUCAGUAUUUGGCCCAGAGGUUUCCCAAGUGGUUGCCCCGAAAUCGCUGUGGUCCAAAUGUGAUGACUUACUCAAAUUGUCACUGUCUGUAGCACACUUUGCACACCUGUCUUCCAUUCUUUGUUGCUCCCUCCUGCAUUCUGGCUCCAUCUGUUCACCUGUUCAUUGUCUGCUUACUCACACUCAGUUGUUACUCUUUUGCCGUUGUUGUGUUUACAGUGUGCAUUUGGGAUGAUUAGUUGGGGUUACCAAACAUUUUUAAAAGAGACAUUAUCAAUAAAUAUUUUUUUAAUUCUAAAUUUUAUCAUUAGGGGACCCUGCCUGAAUCUUUGCCAGUCUGAAGGGAAACCAUAAUAAAAACAAGAAAUGUUAUAAGAAGAAAUUGAGCUAAAACUAUUUUGAUGAAAACAAACGUUGCUUUUUGGUUUCUGUUCUACUUUGUGAUAUAUAAUAAUACGCAUGAUAGGCCCAGUAUUCUCCCUACACAUUUUUCCUUCCAUCAGACACCACUAACUUAAUAAGGGAAGAGAAAUGUGUUACUAGUAAACAGUGGAAUGGUGAAUCCCAAAACUGAGCUGAAAGCCCCCCAACCCAAGUUCAGACAGGUCGUAUGUUCACUGGAAUCUGAGUGUGAGCAGUAGCAUCCCUGAUUUGUGUCUGUAAGGUGGUUUUGCUAUAGCAGGAACGCUACUACAGUUGCUAUGCAGUCUAGCUGGUCAGUUUCUCUUUUUUCCCCCCUGUUCCAGCCUACCAGGGAUAGAAGAAUGACCCUAGAACAGCUGGUCAACCGUAUGUCGGUGUUGAUGGUCUAUCUCGAAUGUUGGCACCAUGAAGGACCAGAACCAUUUCAAAACCUGUCAACCUUCUCUCUCUUGUGCUCCAGACUUCCCAUGAAUGAAAUGCAGGGAUAACCAGGUGAACACUUUGGGGCCGGAGAAAGAAAACAUUGAAAAGGAGAAGGGUGUUCAGUGUCUCUGCUGAGCAUGGUCAGCAGAGCUGAAGGCAGGUAUUCAGUGACCAUGACUCAGAGUCAAAGAAGAGGCUUCCUUAUCUUAUGCCCAAAAAAAGUCAUAAAGGAUGAGGGAAAUAAAAUGAGUUUCUGAAGUACAAGAAGUAGAUUUAAAUCUAAACCCCAAAGUUAGAAACUUUGUGUGAUAUUUAAGAGGACAACUUUCUUCUUUUGGAGGAGGGGGGUAUUUCAGGACAUUAUUGUGCAGUCCCUCAUGAUCUUCUACAUGAUCCAGGCUGUUAAAAGGCUUGUUAUAACACUGAAGGUGCUGGCUCUACCAGCAUAUGUAGGAAUAAAGUAUGACUUCUUUCUCCACAAGCAAUUUGAUGAAAGAGUGCUAGAAAUCUGUACUAUCCGGCAUUAUUUCGCAUGUUAAAUUUAUUUUAAAUCCAAAUCCAAUUUUAUUAUUCCCUUGUAAAAGCUCAAAUUACUUUUAUUUUUCCUUCCCCCUUCUCCUUACCCUCUUUCUAAAUUAUCACAUGAGGAAUAUACUUAAAAGAAUUUUUUGAGCAUAGUUGACAUAGGAAUAUACUUUUUUAAAAUAUUUUAUUUAUUUGUUCAUGAGAGACACACAGAGAGAGAGGAGGCAGAGACAUAGGCAGAGGCCAGGCUCCAUGCAGGGAGCCCGACGUGGGACUUGAUCCCGGGUCUCCAGGAUCAGGCCCUGGGCCGAAGGCACCGCUAAACUGCUGAGCCCCCCAGGCUGCCCUAGGAAUAUACUUUUUAAAGUGAGAUUCAUUCUCCUGAUUAUACUCUACCUAUACAAAGAUACAUGCAUACACACACUUCCAGAUGUGGUUAAUAAUAUUCAGAUCCCCAGGUCACUCAUUCAAACAAAACUAAGAAGAGAAAUAUUUAGGAGCCAUCUGUUCUAACAUACUAAGUUUUUUUUUUUAGUAUUGCCUGAACAAAUUAACCAUAAAACUCUGAUUGAUUAGCGAGUAUGGAUUUAAAUUGCCCACAGUUGAGGCUAGUAAGGCACUUCUUUACUUAAAAAGUACAUAAAUGUAAAAGACCCUAUUCACGAGGACAUGAACAUCUUGGAAAUGCCAUUUCUCAACUCAAAGAGCAUACCCACUCCUGUCUGGGUCAAGAACAGAGUCCAGUGAGAGAGAAAAGGAGCGUGUGGCACUGGCUUGUAUGUGGUCAGGCCUUGUUCUUUUUGCAAGAAAAUUUCAGGCCCAUCAAGCAUGGAAGGAAAUACGUUUUUAUGCCAGUCUGCAAUCUACGCCAGCUGAUGAAAUGUACCAGGACCUUAAGAACCCAGAACAUGGUAAGUUUUGGUUAGGUGGAAAGGGCUCUGCCAUCUGAACAUAAUGCUUCCUCUCUUAAUAUCAAGGACACUUUUGAAAAUUCAGUAAGGCUUCAGAGGUUUAGGAAAAACUCCUUGGUCCAUUCAUCUGACUCCAGAGUCCCAGGACUCUGCCUUCUAUGAUGAAUACAGGGUGAAUGAAGAGAUUUGAGGGAAGUCAAAAGAUACCCUCAGAGCUAUUGCAUAGACCCGCAGGUAGCCCGGAGGGGUUAUUGCUGUGUCUGUGGAGGACAUUAUUAAACAUCCAGAUUACCUCUUUCUAAGCAGCCUUUCCCUCUACAUUUUACAGCAUCAUUUGCUACGUGAGUAUCUUUUCUGGCCUCUACAUUGGCUCCAUCAAGGUGAUUCCAGCUUUUUUUUUUUUUUUUUUUUUUUUUUGCACUAACUUCUCCCAUUUUCUUCCUAUAUUCAUCCUUGCUUUCUAUUUAAAGCCUCCAUCUCACUCCCAGUGGUGCUACUGAUUUAUUCUUUGGGUCCUUUCCUAAUCUAAGCAAAGUCUGUGGGCAACCUUGAAUAUAGUAACUAUAGUAUGGCUUGGGCCAUUUUUCAGUGAGUGGUCUUGAAUGUUUGCUUACCAAAUUUGAAAUCAAGCUGUUGGGUAUGAAGAAUAAGGGGAUUUGGCUUCAUCCUUUUUUUUUUCCCCCAAUAUUUGGAAUAUGAAAGCACAUUGUGCUCUAUGUAAAAAAAAAAAAAAAAAAAAAAAAAAUUCCUCCUAUUCUCCUCUUUAGUGGAUGUAAGAGUAUUUCUUAAAUUUUUUUUUUUAUUUUCCACAUCAGGUUGACAUAGCAGACCUAUAAGUCAGAAACUUUACGUAUUCUUUAUAGCACAUAUUUUAGAGGGACACUUGGCAUAUAUUUUCAUGAUGCUUUAUUUUGGGCUUUACAGGCCUUUUGAACUGUUCAAUACAGCUCUAAUGCUACA